AUGCAUCUUCGAUUUGGGAAGAUGGAGUUUGUUCUGCUCCUCUGUGCGGCUGUUACCCUGUGCAGCGGACUGUCGCCCCCGGUGGAGGGCCAGCAAGGUGAUGAUGCGAACGCAUUCAACCCUCGCGGACUUUUCCCUCAUAUCUUCAACUUGGCCACGAGAGGCCGAAUAUCCGUGAACGCAACGUGCGGGGACAGAGGCCCCGAGACGUACUGCAAGCUGGUAGAGCAUGUGCCCAACGAGUCGGAAGACUACCCACAAUGCCGUGUGUGCAAUUCUAGGAGCUUUUCCAAAGCCGAUCGGCACCCUAUAUGGAAUGCAAUAGAUGGGACUGAGAGUUGGUGGCAGAGUCCUAGUAUAGCAAACGGGAUGCAAUACCACUGGGUUACCAUCACGCUAGACCUUGGACAGGUUCAAUGCUUGGAGUGUGAAGUGACAGCUCCAGAUGUAACGUAA